GUUCGAUCUUCCUCUCCGUCUCUUUCUCUUUUUGGUGUAUCUAAUGUGCACCUUAGAUAGGAUUCAAGUAGUCUGCUCUCGUGUGGGUAAUUGAAUAGAUUAUAUUAUGCCCCAAAUUUGAGAUGGGCACUAGUGAGAGGAAUAAGCUUUUUUGGAUGUUGCACCUUCUGGUGGCAGCAACUUGUUACAUGCAAACUUGUGUUGAGGGAGAGCCCCAAGCGCCUUGUUUCUUCAUCUUUGGAGACUCUCUGUCUGAGAGUGGAAAUAACAACAACCUUCCGACGUUGGCCAAAUAUAAUUACUCUCCUUAUGGCAUCGACUUCCCUUACGGUCCCACCGGAAGAGCCACCAACGGCCGCCACGUCCCCGACUUCCUCUCUGAAUUCAUGGGGUUGCCGUUGAUUCCGCCCUUUGCAAAUGUACGCGGUUCAGACAUUCUCAAAGGGGUUAAUUAUGCAUCUGGUGCUGCAGGAAUUCUCGUAGAGACCGGCACGAAAAUGGGUGCUGAUAUCAGCAUGUACGCACAGAUAAUAAAUCACAAAGUCACAGUUGCAACUAUUACUCCGAGAUUUAAGGGUGCUGCAGCAGCCAAGAGUUACCUAAACAAGUGCUUGUACUACGUCAACAUUGGCAGUAACGAUUACUUAAACAAUUACUUCAUGCCCCAGUAUUACGCAUCGAGCCACAUCUUUAACUUAACCCAAUUUGCCGAUUUUCUUAUCGGUCAAUAUUCUCAGCAAUUAAGGGCAUUGCAUGGAGCAGGAGCGAGAAAGUUUGCGUUAGUGAGCUUGGGGCUCUUGGGUUGCGCACCGGGCGUGAUUGCAGCGAAUGGAUCAAAUGGGUGUGUGGAAGAGGUGAACAGAGCAGCCUCCAUUUUCAAUGAAAAGCUGAGAGUGAAGGUUAAUGAGCUCAAUUCUGAGUUCUUUGGUCGUGCCUCCUUUACUCUCGUCAACGCCACUGCGAUCUUCUCUCUCAACCCUGACUUCCUCAGAUUCAAGGUUCAAAACGCUAGUUGUUGCCAAACGGUGUCGUCUACGGGGCUGUGUGUUGCGAAUGGGACGCCAUGCGAGAACAGGAAGGACUACGUGUUUUAUGAUGCCUUCCAUACCACAGAGGAAGUCAAUAGAAUAUUUGCCAAGUCAGCAUAUAACGCUUCAAAUCCAGCUUUCGCUCAGCCUCUGGAUAUCAACACCUUGCUUUCUCCCUCCGCAUGAACGCCACAAAUGGUAUCAGAUUCAUGCAUCUUAAUUAAUUCCCAUAAGUCAUGAUAACCCAAAAUUUAUAUUAUCCCACCCAAUUGCUUCGGCUAUAUAUGUAUGGGUUUAAUACUUCAUUUAAAAUAAUAUAUGAGCAGUAUUACUGUUCGUCUUCCAUUUGGAUUCAGUGAGUUUACACACUCAAUGAGCAUCCCACGUGGUACAAUAGCAAU